ACAUCCCAAGAAAAAAUAAAAUAAUCAAUAUAUUGUAUGUAUCUAUUCAAAUUCUUGAUCCCCACUUCUUGAAAUUGAGCUAUUAUUGACUUCUGAUCCAUUCUUUGGCGGUGAUAAAAUAAAAAAUAAAAAUCUCCAUCUAUAAAUUACAAAGAGAAUCUGGCAGAGAAGCCAUGGAGAAAAUGGAAGAAACAGCCUGCAAAUCAGAAUCCCCAGAAAUCUGUCUGAGGCCAAUGGAGCUCUCGGACCUGGAUGAUUUCAUGGAGUGGGCAACAGAUGACAGGGUGAGCCGUUUCUGUAAGUGGGACACCUACACUUGUAGAGACCAAGCAGUGGACUAUAUAAACAACUAUGCAAUCCCACACACAUGGCUGAGAGUGAUUUGCCUUGAAAACAGGGCGAUUGGGGCAAUCACUGUGACCCCAAGGUCUGGGAGCGACAGUUGCAGAGGCGAGCUUGGCUAUGUGUUGACUCACAAGUACUGGGGCAAAGGGAUCGCAACAAGGGCAGUGAAGAUGGUGGCCUCUGCAAUCUUCUCAGAGUGGCCUCACAUGGAGAGGCUUGAGGCUUUUGUGGAUGUGGAUAACAAAGGCUCCCAGAGGGUAUUGGAGAAAUCUGGGUUUUUGAGAGAAGGGGUUUUGAGAAAGCACCAUAUCCUUAAAGGGAGAUCUAGAGAUUUUGUGAUUUACAGCCUCCUCUCCUCAGAUUCCCCUUCUCUAGGAUAGUCUCAUUGAUUCAUGUUAUUGGGUGCAGAGAAAAUAUUUUCUUGUGCACCAUAGUCUGAUCUUCUUUGUUGUUUGUGUGGGCAGUAUUGGAGCCCAUGGAGAUUGAUGGGUAUGGCAGGCAGAAUUCAGAAACAGGGCUUCAAUGUGAUUGUGUUCUUGAUGAAAUAAAAGUGUAUAUUUAGUUACCAUUGCUACUUUGUAAGUUGAAGAAUCAUUGUAAAAAUUCUUUGUAAUUUUUUGACAUAUACACAAUGUUUGUUAA